AUGACUGAAGAUUGCAACCCACCUGCUGCCAUUGGAAAAUCCACAAAUAAUGUUGGGAAUGCCAGACAGUCUGGUACUCAAGGAGGAACUGGAGGUGGCUGUAGCAUAAGUUUCAACCCUGCCACAUGGUACGGAGCAUCUGCCAAAGUAAUCGCAGCUGAAAACAAUCAGCACAAGGCAAACAAUGCUGAUAGAGCCUGCCAUCAUGCAGGUGGUGAUGACACUGAUGACGAGCUUCUACUGGAUGAUGAUGGACUCAAGAGGCCAGGUCUAGCUGGCAGCAGCACCACUCCUCCCACUUCUCCAGGUCCAUCUGAUCAAACCCAGCUUUCUGAUGCAUUACAAGGCCUUUCUCCGACUCAUCAGCAAGCUAUCCUCAAAGCGGUCGAAUCACUCACUAAGCAGGUGCAUACCCCACUGCAUACAUCGACUCAGUCUAAUGGCAGGUCAUCAAUGGCUAUACCUGCAGUCGAUGAAAAGUUCUUAUCUAGCAGUAUCGAGUGCUCUGAUGAUUUUUUCCAGGACCAAGGCCUCGAACUACUGCCAGCCAUCAUGAAGCUGCAGCUGGCUCAGAUACAUGUACCUCUCACUCUGACAAUGUCUAGUGCAAUUCAAAAAAUUCUUAACAGUCCGGCUUCCCUCAAGAUGAAGAAGGUUAUAAUCAUAACUGGCCAGAAGCUCGACCUGCUAGACUUUAGCGAGUGGCCGGAAGAGACCUCUCUUUUACAAGAGUGGUUCUUCGAGGUGUGGCAAAACAUGCUGAAGCUAUACGCACAGAUCAGCGAUGAGGUCAUGACCAACCACCUCUAA